CCGCCCCUCCCGCCGAGGCCGAGUCUGAGACCCGGGGCGGAUCGGCUGGCGUCGGGGCCGGGAUGGCGACGCCGCGGCCCUGCGCGGACGGGCCGUGCUGCUCGCAUCCCAGCACGGUGCUCGGCGUACAGCAGACGCUGGAGGAGAUGGACUUCGAGAGGGGAAUCUGGUCGGCAGCCCUGAAUGGAGACCUGGGCCGAGUGAAGCAUUUAAUCCAGAAGGCCGAGGACCCAAGUCAGCCCGACUCGGCCGGCUACACUGCGCUGCACUAUGCCAGCCGCAAUGGGCACUAUGCUGUGUGCCAGUUCCUGCUGGAAAGCGGAGCUAAGUGUGAUGCCCAGACCCACGGGGGUGCCACUGCUCUGCACCGAGCCAGCUACUGCGGGCACACUGAAAUCGCACGGCUCCUGCUAUCACAUGGGUCCAACCCCAGGGUGGUGGAUGACGACGGCAUGACCAGUCUGCAUAAGGCUGCUGAGAGGGGUCACGGGGACAUCUGCUCCCUCCUCCUGCAACACAGCCCAGCCCUGAAGGCCAUCCGGGACCGAAAGGCACGGCUAGCAUGUGACCUGCUGCCUUGCAACAGUGACCUGCGGGACCUGCUAUCCAGCUGAGCUGCCACCCUGUCUCCAGCUGCCUUUAAAGGGUAAGUGGAGAAAGAGUUGAAGGGAAAGUGUUGGGAUUUGGACAUGGAGUUCCUGACCCUGGAGUCUGGCCUAGUGACUGGAGGAGGGGCCCCCAAGAGGCUGUGGCCUGGGAGAAGCUGAAAUUGGAA